AUGGAGCGUGUUGUAAAAUUGGCUUCCCAAAGCCCGAUAGUGAUAUUCAGCAAGAGCACGUGCUGCAUGUGCCAUGCAAUCACGAAGCUGUUUCACAAGCACGGGUCAAGCCCGGUAGUGUACGAACUAGACGAGCAGGUCGACGGGAAGGAGAUCGAACGGGCUCUCGUCAUGGGCCUAUCGCGAAGCCCUCCCAUCCCCGCCGUUUUUAUCGGCGGAAAAUUCGUGGGCUUGGCCCAAGACGUGUUGACUUUUCAUCUCGAUGGGUCCCUCCGGAGGAUGCUUAAGGAUUCUGGAGCCCUGUGGCUGUGA